AUGGCGGAAGCGGCGCCGACGCCCGGCAACACACCGAACGGAGAACUUCAGCCUGUCUUGGCAGGUGGGAUGUGGGGAUCGGAGGAACGUCAGCAGGAGGCGCCCGCAUCCCGCCUAGUUGAAGAAAAUAUGAGGUUAAAGACACGGCACUCGCAACUUCAGGAUCAGUUGGAGGAACUGAAGCGUCAGUUGCACGCAGAGAGGAGUACUCGGCAGGGUCUAGAUGCCGAGGUGAACGAGGUGAAGGAGCGUCUGCGGCGCACAAAGGAUGUUGUGGAUCAACAGAAGAAGGAUCAUAGCGAGGUCUCCUUGCGACUGUGCACUGUAACGGCGGAACGGGACGAACUGGAGGCAAAGGUAGGCGAGGUGUGGAGCAGCAUGGCUGCCGUGGAGGAGACCGUGCGCUUCAAGGAAAUAGAGAACAAGGCGCUACGGGAGGCGCUUGAUAACGAACAAAAGGAGCGGGCAGCUCAGGAGGUGCUGAUGAGCGCCAUGGUUGCCCAAAUAGCCGCGCUUGAGCAGCAAGUGGCGGCUGGCGAGGGCGCUGAAGUGCGGCAUCGGCGGCUCAGCGAGGAUGCACUUCGCGGCGUGAAGGAGGAGGUGCAGCGUAUCUCACUCCGUCUAGAGAGUCUUGCGGAUCUCUACUCCGCUUCAGCACUAGAGCGAGACGUUGACCAACGACUGCUGUGGCUUUCUGCGGGUGACAUUGACUAUGAUGGCGUUGCUAAUUAUUCUGCUGGAGAGGAUUACGAGGUCGGCACGACCGGUGAUGGACUUAACACGUCGGACUCCGACAAGCGGUCACGAGGUGAAUCGCGCGUAAAACGGACCACGCAGCUGAUGGGUCCUAUUUACCCGGCGCUGCGGCAUCUCCACCAGCAGCUGCAAUGCCAACACGAGGAGAGGCGGGCCAUGCAACACGAGCGUCGUGUUCUCGAGUCCCACAUUGCGGCGCUGAAGGAGGAACUACAUCACCUGGGGAACGAUGGGGAUGAUGUACGUGAGCGGUUGCUCCGGAGUGAGGCUCAAAGGGCACAGCUGGCAGAGGCGUUGGAGAAUACGCGACAAGUUCAGGCAUACGAGGUGGCGCAACUGGCGGAGACACGCUGCAAACUCGCCUCCCAUCUUCGAUGCGUCGGUGAUUGGUGCGUAAUCGAGCAACAUAUCACUGACUUAGUCAAAGAGGCAAAACAGUUGCGUUCUGACGUCGAAGAGGGUCAUCGGACGCACAGGGCGUACGUGGCACAAAAAGAAAGUGAAAUGGAUGCCAUGAUGGAUCUGCAUCAGCGUGAGAUGAAUGAACAGCAGCAGAAGAUUGAACAGUUCCGUCACGAAUGCGAACGGUUAAAGCGAGCGGCUGAAUCAGCUGCUAUUGAUGUUACUGCUGCAGGUGGCGUUUCAACGGAGCUGCAGCGUGAUCAUGAGGUCUUCAAGGUGAAAUAUCAAGAUAUGAUGCGGUACAUGGAGGAGGAGCUGGAACCCCUGGUGGCUGAGCAGGCAAAGGCUUUGCAGGAAGAGAGGCGACGUGUAGAUGAACUGAGACGCGCUAAUGACGCGCUGGGACUCGAGAUGAAAAUACGGGCGGGCCCAGCUGCGGACUCUGGAGGGAGACUGACUCUGUUUGAGGCACUUGUCCUCACUCUCCGUGUUCUCUCCGGUGCCAUGGCGGACAUGCGGGAGAUGUCGCAGCAACGCAAGGCCCUGACGCGCUACGUUCUUGCCUAUGAACAGAUGUUUGGUGCGUUGAAUGCCUGUGGCGACUUCAUAGUUCGGCGUCCGGUGUUGCGUUUUCGGAGAAUUGUAGUGGCGGUGCUGGCUGCCCAACGGCUAACGGCUCUGCGGAAGGCGGUAUGGCGGUGUGGUGGUGGCGGCGUCAUCCCGUCGAUGGAACGAGGCACUGCACGCAUUCGUUUGCCGCCAGAAACGUGUUGUUUGGUACGCGGAGGGCUUAUUCGUCUACCGCCAGUUAGAGGUGACGACGCUGCAGCGGACUUUCUGAGCGAGGAGGCAGGAACAAAAGGGGGUGACGGGAGUGACGUUGCCUUUGUGGCUGAGCGGGAGCUGGUGCUCCCCAUCAUGACCCACACAUCCAGUAAUAACACCUCUUUGGGUGAGGUAUACGUGCAGGGGUGUGCGCUGCGCAAUUUCAUGAGCGCAUUGCUUGCCUUUGUGACGGUCCCGUCGGCGAUGUGGCCGCUGCGUGACGUACGAGAGCCUUUGUGGCGGCGACUGGCGCAUGGGAUGUGCUCCCUGCAACGGGCGUCAAUGCAGGUCGCGCGACUGGGCACGCUUGGCAAGCCACACUCGUUGUUGCACCUACCGCCGCGAGCACCAGCCCGGUCGCAAGUUGCGUUACCGUGGGGAGAGUCACUGCCACGUCCGCCGCAGUCUUAUGGUGUGACUGUCACGCAGCGGUUGCCACUGUACGACCACGAAAGCGCAGGCGCCACCACAAAGCGUACAGCGCGCGGACAGACCGCCUCAUUUGGGCAUGCGCAGGGGAUGGAUGUGAAACGCGCCUCAACCGCCUAUCCGACCCCGCAGCCAACAGUUCACGCAGAGGACACGCUGAGUCUGGAGGAGGCCCUCCGUCAGUCCUUAUUGCGCGACGAACAGUUCAGCAGUGACCCGCAGGAAAUUCAGGCAGGGAGUGGGUUUGCCUCUGAGGUGCUGAACGUCAUUCGUGCACUCGAUCAGCGUGUGGUGGGGGCCUUGGAGCGACACAUGCCGUCAGCAGGGCGUCGCCCGCAUCCGUGA